AUGCUGCGAAUAUGGCAGGUAUCUAGGGUGACGAGGCUAACAUUUCAGAGAUUUAAUCAGACGUUGACUAACAGGAUUAAUGCAAUCCCUAUCGAUAAAUACAGGGUAUUUUCUAUUGUAGCACACAUUGACCAUGGUAAAUCCACACUUAGUGACAGAUUAUUGGAGAUUACUGACGUUAUUUCAGAUGCUGAUGCAAAUGCUCAAGUGUUAGACAAAUUAGAAGUUGAAAGAGAACGUGGUAUUACGAUCAAGGCUCAAACAUGCACCAUGUUCUAUAAAGAUUACUUAUUACAAUUAAUAGAUACACCAGGUCAUGUAGAUUUUAAAGGUGAAGUUAGCAGAGCAUUCUCUUCUGUUGAUGGUGCGAUUUUACUUGUAGAUGCCCAAAAGGGUGUUCAAGCUCAAACUGUAGCGAAUUUCCAAAUGGCUAACGAUUAUGGAGUUAAAAUGCUACCUGUGAUUAACAAAGUCGAUUUAUUGAACGCAGAAGUUCAGAAAGUCGAAGACCAAAUUGUUUCAUCGUUAGGUUUUAAAAGAGAAGAUAUUGUCAAGAUCAGUGCUAAGAGUGGAUUGAAUAUCAAAGAAAAACUAUUACCUGCAAUUAUAAACGCAAUUCCUUCUCCUACCGGUGAGAUUAAGAAACCAUUCAGGUCCUUAAUAUUAGAUUCCUGGUAUGAUUCGUACCUUGGUGUCGUCAUGCUGGUGAAAGUGGUCGAUGGGGAAGUGAAGAAAGGUGAUAAAAUUUCAAGCGGAAGGAUGAAGAAGAGAUUUGAAGUGAAAGAGAUCGGAAUAAUGUAUCCAAACCAGACAGCUACAGGAAACCUAAAAGCUGGCCAAGUUGGAUACAUAGUUCCAGGUACGAAGGAUUUUAAAGAUGCAUUACUUGGGGACACUUUAGUUCAUGUAUCCCAAGAAAAAAAAACUGAACUUUUACCAGGUUUUGAAGAACCCAAACCUAUGGUCUUUGUAGGAGCUUUUCCUGCUGAUGGUAUAGAUUUAAAGAUUAUGGAUGAUGAUAUUAAUAGGUUAGUUUUAAAUGACAGAUCUGUUACAUUACAAAGAGAAACGUCAAAUGCGUUAGGGCAAGGGUGGAGACUUGGAUUUUUAGGAUCACUUCAUGCCUCUGUUUUUAAAGAACGUUUAGAAAAGGAGUAUGGAUCAAAACUUAUUAUCACACACCCAACAGUACCAUAUCUUGUUCAAUAUGAUAAUGAUAUCCAAAAAAUUGUCAGGAACCCAGAUGAUUUCCCUGACUCAACAUCCAAAAACAGAACGAGAUUGAAAUCUUUACAAGAACCUUAUGUGGAGGCAAUAAUGACCCUACCAACUGAAUAUCUUGGUACAGUAAUCCAAUUAUGUAACAAUGCACGUGGAGAACAAAUCGAGCUUUCCUAUUUAGAUGUCAGAGACUCUGUGUUAUUGAAAUAUCACAUCCCAUUAUCUCAACUGGUCGACGAUUUCUUCGGUAAAUUGAAAUCUUCUACCAAGGGUUUUGCUACUCUUGAUUAUGAAGAUUGCGGUUAUAAGGAGUCUGAUAUUGUUAAAUUGGAAUUACUAGUCAAUGGAAGAAGUUUGGAUGCAUUAUCACAAGUAGUUCAUAAAUCACAAGCCGAAAAGAUAGGGAGAGAAUGGGUUAAGAAGUUCAAGGAAUAUGUCGAUUCACAAUUAUACGAAGUCGUUAUACAAGCUCGAGUCAAUAAUAAGAUUCUUGCUCGUGAAACAUUAAAGGCCCGUCGUAAAGAUGUGCUGGCAAAAUUGCAUGCUUCAGAUGUUUCAAGAAGAAAAAAAUUAUUGGCGAAACAAAAGGAAGGUAAGAAACAUUUGAAAACUAUAGGUAAUAUUCAAAUAUCCCAAGAUGCAUACCAAGCAUUCUUGAGAAAAUAA